GCUAGACGUGUUUACGUGAACUGCGUCAUCUUUCGUAUUUUUCUUGUUCAUAUACCAAAGUGUUAGCUGUGAGAUUACAGUGUUGGGUAUCGGGUAUAGUCAUAUGAUGCGCGUGUGGUGACUAGCAGUCAUUAACGUGCUCCUCGUGGGCAUGGCGGGUGCGGACGUGCCUGUACCACGGUGCACCUGCAACGUCAAGGAUUUGACUACCUGUUCCACUGUCAAUCAGGAUUCACCCACGAGUAGAGCCAUAAGAAGUUAUAGACCACAUGGGAGCCUCGCCAGAUUACUUUAUGAUAAGCAGAAGGCGGAUGAACAGCUCGAAGCGUACGACAAAACUCAGUGGUACAAAGUAGACAGAACGAAAAUCCGGGAAGAUUUGCUGCGUUUAUGGAUUCCCCUUGGAACAGGACUCCAGCACGAUCAACCCGACAAAACCGCCGAAAUGUUCCUAACGAAAUCCAUCGAGAGAUCGGACUCUUUACCAUUGCAAGUCUGGCAUUCUCUGGCAAGAUCUGCUCUGUCCUGGUUCAUCAGCCGAACUUCCAUAAACGGGUUGCUGGGCCGCGGCUCCAUGCAUGUCUUUUCCUGCGAACAGUUUCAAAAAUUUAUGGCAGCGAGCGGCUUUACAGGGCCGUGGCAUUCGUUGGUGGAUUUAGGAGCUGGCGACGGUGCCACCACUGCUCAUGUAGCCCACCUCUUUGAAAAAGUUUACGCCACAGACAUAUCAGCACCGAUGAGAUGGGCUCUGGCUAGAAGGAAGUUCACGGUGCUGGACGUAGAAAAAUGGCACGAAAGCGGUCCAUUCAACGUAAUCCUCUGCCUGAAUCUGUUGGAUCGUUGCGAUCGACCUAAUACUCUACUUCGCCGUCUGAAAUCAUCUUUGGCUCCGGGUGGACGUCUGGUCGUAGCGCUGGUUCUUCCCUUCAGCCCUUACGUGGAAGUUGGUGAAAGGGGUGACCACAAACCGUCAGAAUAUCUACCAGUAAAAGGGAACGGUCUAGAAGGUCAAAUAGCCAGCCUCGUCGACAGAGUUUUCGCACCAUUGAGCCUAAGGUGUCUCGUAUGGAGUAAACUGCCUUACCUCUGCGAGGGAGACCUCGGCCAGGCGUAUUACUUUCUCGACGACGUAAUAUUCGUGCUAGAGGCACAGCCAGAUACCUCGCGAUACUCAGCUUCCGAAUGGAUGGAUACAGAACCGUUUGAAAAAGAAUGCCCGAACGUGUUCAAACAACAGACUUAUCAAGAACGGAAAUGUAAUACAGCUUGAGACAGGAAUAUGUGGAGGUGGCAGGAAACUCCUUAGCGACUGCACAAGCUGUAUUGUAUCCACCAGCGCUGUAACAAAACCAACACAAAACAUACACAUUUCAUUUUCAUCAAUGGAGAAAGAUUGGCAUGAUCUAAAAAGUAGUCAAAGAAACACAGUAUUUAAUAUCUAAUAACAUCACGCAUCAAUAUUAUGUAAAAUAUAAAUAAUUUAUAAGAAGAAUCUAUUUGUAAACCUAAUGCAAAUAUUAUAUUAAAAG